AAGCAUGUUUGGAACAGUCCCCAGUGCUUUGCAAGGGUUCAGAUUGCAGAACAGUCACAUAUGGGUACUUGUAGUUAUAAAUACUUGACCAUUCUCCAGGGGUGGGGUUUCCAACUCUUUAAACAACUCUGUUGCCUGUUAUCAAGCUGACUUUUCACUCCAAGUGCCAGAAUUGAUUGUGGUCAGGACAUCUUACGCUGAGAAAUAAAUAAAAUGGAACAUAAUGGGUCCGCUUCAAAUGCUGAUAAAAUCCACCAGAAUCGCCUGUCGAGUGUUACAGAAGCUGAAGACCAAGACGCUGCUCUUACCAUUGUGACUGUGCUGGACAAAGUAGCCUCCAUCGUGGACAGUGUGCAGGCAAGCCAGAAGAGAAUAGAAGAGAGACACAGGGAAAUGGAAAAUGCCAUAAAAUCCGUCCAGAUUGACCUGUUGAAGCUUUCACAGUCACAUAGCAAUACAGGGCAUAUAAUUAACAAGUUGUUUGAGAAAACCCGAAAAGUUAGUGCUCACAUUAAAGAUGUGAAAGCCCGGGUGGAGAAGCAACAAAUUCAUGUUAAAAAAGUUGAAGUCAAGCAAGAGGAAAUAAUGAAGAAAAACAAAUUCCGCGUGGUAAUAUUCCAGGAGAAGUUUCGGUGUCCGACAUCCCUGUCUGUUGUUAAAGACAGAAACCUAACUGAGAAUCAAGAAGAGGAUGAUGAUGAUAUCUUUGAUCCCCCAAUAGAUCUCUCUUCGGAUGAAGAAUAUUAUGUUGAAGAAAGCAGAUCUGCCAGGCUUAGGAAGUCAGGCAAGGAGCGCAUUGAUAAUAUCAAGAAGGCAUUUUCCAAAGAAAACAUGCAGAAGACACGGCAGAAUCUUGACAAGAAAGUGAAUAGAAUUAGAACUAGAAUAGUGACCCCGGAGAGGAGAGAGAGGCUAAGGCAGUCAGGAGAAAGGCUGAGACAGUCAGGGGAGAGGCUGAGACAGUCAGGGGAGAGGUUUAAGAAAUCUAUUUCUAAUGCAGCUCCCUCAAAGGAAGCUUUUAAGAUGCGCAGCCUCAGGAAAGGUAAGGACCGAACAGUGGCUGAAGGUGAGGAAUGUGCUAGGGAGAUGGGCGUGGACAUCAUUGCCAGGAGCGAGUCUCUGGGCCCCAUCAGUGAGCUCUACUCUGAUGAGCUCAGUGAACCAGAACACGAGGCAGCCAGGCCAGUGUAUCCUGCCCAUGAAGGAAGGGAAAUCCCCACCCCUGAGCCUUUAAAAGUUACUUUUAAAUCUCAGGUGAAAGUAGAGGAUGAUGAAUCUCUUUUGUUAGAUUUAAAGCACUCAUCGUAAAGAGGAAUUUAGUAUAUCCUAAAUAUGAAUCUCCUAAUCAAGCAGUUUUAGUUUGAAUAGUGUAGUCAUCUACAUUUCUGUGCCAUGUAGGAAAACAUAAAUGUAUGUUUUUUCUUAUAUUUAAAAUCUUGAAGAUAAUAUAAAUAUUAUUGUCACUCUUUCUCACGGCAGCUGUGGAUUUUUUAGUUCCUUUCUCUUGUCCACCAGAAAAAUAGUUUCCUAGGUUGGGCCAGUUACGUGUUUGGUAAGGGCAACUUUGUGGCCAUCAUUUGCAAGAGAACUCUAAAUAUUGGUUAGCAUUAAUAUUGUGGCCAGCCUCAAAGGGGAAUAACUCAUGUGUGGGUUAUAUCAUCCAGAUGUUCAGAUCAACAGAUUUGUUAGUAAAUUAGCAGUCACACCCCUUUUUUGAUGCUUUCACAUUAAAAAAUUGAAGUUUUGGACUUGAGCAUUUGGCUCUAGUAUCAUAGCUUUACUUACAAGCCUGGGCGAGUCAUCUGCUUAUUCUCAUCAGUAAAAAUAGAGAGGGUUGGCCUCUGCUGCCCGCCUCAGAGGACUGUUGUGAUUAUCAAAGGAAAUGGUACACAUUCUGUGGGAACAAGAAGCACACCCAGAGAAAACAAGCCUCACCAGUUCCUCCAAAACAGAAUUGAAAGAGUUACACCUUCUGAAAAAGCCCUCAGCACCAAUCAGUAAGGUCCUAGGUUGGAGAGAAACUAAAGCUGGUCUUCAGAAGCCUUUUCACAGAAUCAAGAGUGAAAAAUAAAUAAAUGUUUGGGUGACCACUUUUUCAUCAGACUAACUAAAUCUUGGGUUUUAGUUGGGUCUCAAAAUGAUCCCUGGCCAGACCCUGUCUAAUCUCCUUUUGAUUAAGAUCUUUGGUGGACUAUAGCACUACAUUUGUUUGAGCAGUAUGAGGCAUAAAAUUGUGACUAUAUUUCUAAAGUCGGCCCUGAUGCAUUGGGUUUGGAAAUGACCACAAAUAUUCCUGUUUUCCUGAGUGCACCCUUCAGGGUCCAGCUGUCCAAAACAGUGUUGAUAGGAGUUCAUCAUAGCUGCUUUGGGAGGAAGCCAGAUUCCCCUUAUCUUUUAGCUUUAGAUCCUCGAAUCCAAGAAGUAGAACAAUGUCUAUUGUUGCUAAAGAAAGAAAGAAAUAGGCCGGGCGCGGUGGCUCACACCUGUUAUCCCAGCACUUUGGGAGGCCGAGGCGGGUGGAUCACGAGGUCAGGAGAUCGAGACCAUCCUGGCUAGCACGGUGAAACCCCGUCUCUACUAAAAAUACAGAAAAUUAGCCGGGCACGGUGGCGGGCUCCUGUAGUCCCAGCUACUCGGGAGGCUGAGGCAGGAGAAUUGCUUGAACCCGGGAGGCGGAGCUUGCAGUGAGCGGAGAUCACGCCACUGCACUCCAGCCUGGGUGACAGAGCGAGACUCCGCCUCAAAAAAAAAAAAAAAAAAAAAAGAAAUGGUAAUACUGAUUCUGUACUUGUAGGAUGUUUAAUGUAGCAUGGUAUUGUAACAGAGAAGAAAUGAUGAAAUUGUUGAAUUUGAAGAGUUGGGACAACGAUCAGCUGUCCCACUUUUUUUCUUACUUUCAGAUCAGUUUUUGGAUAAUCAUAUGGUAGUUAAAAUAAUAAGUGUACACAUAUACACACAGGCAUACAUAAAUCGGCUUUAAAAUAUUUAACUCAAUUACUGAGAUGUUUGGGUUUGGGAGUCUGAUUCAGCAUCAUUUCCUCUUCACCCUGCAUGAAUACAUAAAAUCAUAUAUCGUUCAUGUUGUUACCUUUUUAUAUUGAAAACUAAAGUGUAUACAACAUUGGAUAACACUUUCAAAUGAAUAAUUUUAAAAUGUUUUUAUGACAUUUUGGAAAGAUCCUGGGUGCCUAAUCACAUAUUUUCUUAAGAGCCAUAAUAAAUAUGAAUUUAAGAAAACGUUAUUACAACAUUUGAUGUUAGUGUCCUAUAAAUAUUUUUAUUAAUAAUGCAAACAGUGAAUGUAAAGAAGUUACAAGCUUUUUCUUUUUUCUAGCCCUAUGCAGAAUAAAUAUCAAUUGGCCUGAAAUAUUUUUCUGCAAACAUUACUGUCAUGGAAUUUUUGUAGAGUCAGUUUGCUUACUGAUUCAUAUAUAACCAGACUUGACAUUUUAUGGAACGUUUCACAUAUAGCUGUAUUUGAAUUUUGAUGAGGAAGGAGUUGUAACCUGGUCAGCUCUUCAUCAUGGUAGACUUUGUGCAACCCCAAAACACUAAACAGUUUCAUGUCCCAGGAGGUUUAUUGUAACCUUGUACUGCUUUCUUGGUACUAGGAUUUUCCCUCCAUGUUGCUGCUGUUUCUCUACAUUUCUUCCCAUAUUUGGGACAUUCCCAAAUUCUACAUUCAUAAUUUAUUACUCCUUUAACUUAAUUUUCUUGAUAUAAAAAUAAUGGGCUGCAAAAUCACACGUCCCAUUUGAUAUAAGGAAUAUUUCUAGUCAGUGUUCCUAUUUUAAAAGUUUCAGAUAACAAGGACACAUUAUUUUACUUAUUCAUCUGUAUUUUAGAAAUUAUACAUACCAGAUUUUAAACAGCGUAUUCAAAUAAAACCACUGGCAAGAUUCCUUGCUCUGAGACAGAGCAGUGUAGCAUCUAUAGACACCAGGGGGCAUGGAGCUACUCAGGCUCUUCUGCAGAGUAGACAGGAUAGAGUAGGGGGGUGCAAGUCUGUCUCCGGCACGCGAUGAUCCAGGUCUUUCCUCUGAGUGGGUGAUAGCCUGAUUCUAGCUUACAGGUUAGAGAAGCAGGGCAAACAACAAAGUACAUGAAAAUUCAAGGCGGGGUGUGGUAGUUCAUGCCUGUAAUCCCAGCAUUUUGGGAGGCCAAGUUGGGCAGAUCCCUUAAGUUCAAAACCAGCCUGGCCAACAUGGUGAAACCCUGUCUCUACUAAAAAUACAAAAAUUAGGGGGGCGUGGUGGUGUGCACCUGCAAUCCCAGCUACUUGGGAGGCUGAGGCAGGAGAAUCACUUGAACCUGAGAGGUGGAGGUUGCAGCGAGCGAGGUAAUGCCACUGCACUCCAGCCUGGGCAACAGAGCAAGACUCCUUCUCAAAAAAAAAAAAAAAAAAAAAGAAAAGUACAUUCAGCUUGCUGAAAGUGUACUUGUGGUGUGUGUGUGUAUGUGUGUGUGUGUGAAUUCCCUGAAGCCUCCAUAGGUUAAAAAUACAAAUCGAGAUAAAAAUACAAAACAUUUUGAUUUCAUUCUUUGCCUUCCAUGCACAUUAAAGGGUUUGGUUUAGAUCAAGACCUGCAGUUCAUUGAUUCUAUCAGCCAAAAAGCAAGGGUCAUGUUAUGUAAAAUAUUCCACGGAACCAUUGUUAACUGUGCAGUUCCAUUACAUGAAAUCAUUGGGCUCAUUUUUCUUCUGAGACAUGUUUACUAUAGCUUCUUUUAUUGAACCCUGCUAAGAAAAUUAUAGAUCAUGAUUCCCAAAUCGGCGGAAUGACCAUUAUGGUCUCAUCCUCAAUUCUGUUUGAAUUUGGGGCAUGGUAGUCCCUUGUCUGUAGUGAAUAAAAAAUGAAAAAGCUUCAUGCUAAAUUUUGUGUGUUGUUCUUGUGGCCACCUCUGAAUUAUGUUGUCUCAGGAUUUAUAGUUGUCCUUCCCAGGUCAGAAUCCAUCAUUGUAUUUCAUAAGCAGUGGCUAGGAGAUCUAGGAUAACCACUUCACUGUGCAUCUCUUAGGACAUCCAAGGAUCCCUAA